CUUAAGCCCCUCCCCAUUGACAUUGGAGCCGUAGACGAGGAAGACAGUAGGGUGAUUAGUGUUUUCGGUUGUUCUCCCUUUGAACACAUCCAGCAAGCCAUGGACGAUUUUGAUAUGCUCAGUGCCCCUCAAGGAAGCGCAGGGAACGGUGUCGGGGCAGACGAGGACCCGGCGGCGGCAUUUCUGGCCCAGCAAGAGAGCGAGAUCGCGGGCAUCGAGAAUGACGAGGGCUUCAGCAUCCUGGACAGCGGAGAUGUGCCUUCGUCCCUGAGCCAAGACCAGGACGGUGGAGCAAUGAAUGGAGAUCUGCAUGGGGAGAGUAAUGGCCCUUCAGAUGUAUACGCGGCCAUCUCCAGCGUGGAUCGGUUGCAGGCCGAGCCGGAGAGUUUGAGGAAGUGGAGAGAGGAGCAGCGAGAUAGGCUGGAGGAGCUCGAUGCAAACUCGCGUAAACAGGAGGCCGAGUGGAAAGAGAAGGCAAAGCUGGAGCUGGAGGAAUGGCACACCAGGCAGAAUGAGCAGCUGGAGAAAACCAAAGUCAACAACAGGGUGCUGGAUGAGGAUUUCUACAAACAACCCUUCGCUGAUCUGAUUGGUUAUGUCACUCACAUUAACCAUCCUUGCUACCGCCUAGACCAGGCGGCUGAGGAAGCCAUGGUGUCGGAGCUGGAUGAAAACAGUCCUGGCACAGAAUGGGAACGCGUGGCGCGUCUUUGCGAUUUCAACCCUAAAUCCAGCAAGCAGGCAAAGGAUGUGUCCCGCAUGCGUUCAGUGCUCAUCUCUCUUAAACAGGCUCCGCUCGUCCGCUAAACAACUUCAAAAUAAAACAAAACCAACAGUCCCAGCAACCAUUGGGUUUCACAACAUUGAUUUCCUUUGUGGCCCUUUCCCAAUGGCUUUGAGCUCCAUAUGAAUAAUCUAUAUUAUAUUAUAUGUAUGUGUAAUAUGAUAUAGUUAUGUCUAUAAAUAUUUCAUCUAUAAAUAUAUACAUACAUGCAUAUAUAUAACAAUGUUUUUAUUUUUGGUGUCUAUUUUAUGGACCAAACUCCAUGUUUCACUCAUUGUUCCUCCCUGUGUAGAGCCAGCGUGUGGCAUUGUGACACUAUCGAUCUAUGCAUUUCCCUCGUGAGCUGUUGGGGAAUCCAGUACUGAUGUCUUGUGUAUGUUGUAUACAGAUGGUGUGUGUGUGUGUGUGACUGUACAUAAAGACUGGUCUUCUACACUUCAUUGUAAGAUUAUGGCACAAGUUGUUGUUGUUGUUUAACAGAGCUGUACCCCGGUAAACGUUAACUCAUGUUGUCCAUUCUGUUUCAGUAUGAUUAAACGCAUUUGAAAUGGUAA